AUGCAGUGGAAGGCUCUCUUCCUAGCUGCCGCGGCGAUCCCGCAGCAGGUCUCAGCGCAGUAUGCCCAGGCAGCCAUGAUGCGUUUCCAGUGUUCCAGGCUAGUCGUUGAACGGGUCGACCCCCUGGUUUCCCCAGGCCUCAUCCAGUCCCCCCACAUCCACCAGGUCGUCGGCGGAGACUCCUUUAACGCCACGAUGGCCCCCGUCGACUACGACCUCCCCUCUGAAUCGACGUGCACGACCUGCUCGUUUAGCGAGGACUUCUCCAACUACUGGACGGCUAACCUGUACUUCAAGGCCCGCAACGGGACGUACAAGCGGGUGAAGCAGAUGGUCAACCUGGGCCUCCAAGGCGAAGAAGGCAUGACCGUAUACUACAUCCCGCCCUACGAUGGGCACACCAAAGUCACCGCCUUCAAGCCCGGCUUCAGAAUGCUAGUCGGCGAAGCGACCCUGCGCGCAGCCCAGGGGCAGCAAAAACAGCUCUGCCACCGCUGCUACACCAACGUCGACCAGAGCCCCUUCGGCGGCGCCCCCUGCGCCGACAGCCAGAUGGACACCGCCGCGCUGCCCAAGAAGACGUGUGACGGCGGCAUCCGCGCCACCAUCACAUUCCCCACGUGCUGGGACGGCAAGAACCUCGACAGCCCCGACCACAAAAGCCACGUCGCCUACCCCUCCAGCGGCUCCUUCGAGGCCUCCUCCCCGUGCCCCUCGACGCACCCCGUGCGCCUGCCGCAGGUGAUGUACGAGGUGAUGUGGGACACGCGGGAGUUCAACGACCCGUCGCUGUGGCCGGAGGACGGCAGCCAGCCGUUCGUGUACAGCAUGGACGACGGCACGGGGUACGGGUGGCACGGGGACUACAUGUUCGGGUGGAAGGGGGACGCCCUGCAGCGCGCGCUGGACGCCCGCUGCAGCAACGACCGCUGCGCGCAGCUGCAGACGCAGACGCCCGCCCAGGCGACGGCGUGCAAGAAGGCGCAGACGGUCAGGGAGGAUGUCGAUGGAUGGCUCACCGAACUGCCAAGCGUGAGUAUGUAA